AUAGGUUGAAGUCUGGCUCUUCCCAGUGAAAGUAGUGCUGGUUUAUUCUCUCCCGAAGUAAGAGCAGGUAUCUGGUGCGAGCUUCUGUACCAAUUUCUUUAAAAUCAAGAUCAUUCAUAAAUAUACCAGACGGAAAGUGUCUUAAAUACUUGAGAUAAAUUGGAACUAUAAAAUCGUAACGAUAUACGCAGUUCCGUCGAGGUCCGUAUCUACAACUCUAAGCAAUCCGAUUGUCACAGUCUAUUGAUUUUUGAUCACAUCAAUAUCGCCAGCUUGUGUUAUCGCACUUAUUUCAUCUAAAUUGCAUCCCCGCGAAAACCGCUGCAGGCGCAAAAAAGAUUAUUUAUACAUACAGAAGACCAGCUCUCCCUUUUUCUUAUUUACUUUCUCCCCCAUAGAGAAAAGUAUAGUUGAAGUUUUGCAUUGCUAAAACACUCCUGACUAGAUCCGUUACACUUAUCGAACACCAAUCGUUGUUGCAUUUCAGUUACUUCUUAGUUGUCUAUAAUCAUUAUCUAUCUCAUCGAGUCCUAUACAUACUUUAUCUUCAUCCUGAUAAUUGCCUGAUAUAGUGAUCUCUUCGUUUCGAGAUAGUUUCACUUUUCACGUCAUAUGAUCACCAUUCUGCUCAUUUUAUCUAAUAUUCACAAUGUUUAACCCUUUCAGGCACCGCAGGUCUUCUUCCAGCUCCGGCGACGAUGAUCCCUUUGACCUCGCAGAAAACUACUAUGGCCCCAAAAACGCUCCCAUCUCCAAGAUGGGCAGAGUGAGAACCUUCUCAGUUUUUGAAACCAAACCACGCAACCAGAUCUUUGACUUUGCCGAGGAUGCCAUCAAGGAACAGUCUUCUUCGGCUUCUACAUCCCCAUCGCCUACGCCCUUUGCAGAGAGCUUAAGCGAGGAUAACGAGCCACGUCCCAGCGAAGCGGUGUUCGGCCGGAAGCCUUCCAUCGUGCCUAUUUAUGCUGACGACUCGUCUACAGAGUCAAUCAACAGCAUCGGACAUCCUGUAAAGCCUAAAGCAAUUCAUCACUUCAGAAGGUCUUCUGUAGACGACUCUUAUCUCCGGCCCAAGAAGUUCUACAUCAGCAACGUAGAAGCUACGCUUGAUGAGUUGUUGCAUAAUGAAGAUACCGACCGUAACUGCCAGAUCACCAUUGAAGAUACCGGGCCGAAGGUAUUGCGCUUGGGAACUGCCAACUCUAAUGGCUUCAACCAGGCGGCUAUCAGGGGUACCUAUAUGUUGAGUAACUUGCUCCAAGAGUUAACUAUUGCCCAACGUUUUGGCAGAAAAGAGAUGAUCCUAGAUGAACAACGUCUUAACGAAAACCCCGUUGCCAGAAUGAAGCGUCUCAUAUCGACCCAGUUCUGGAAGUCGUUGACAAGGCAGAUCACGGCAGAAAACAUCGUAGACAUGGCUAGAGACACCAAGAUCAAAGAAACUUACGUAGACCAACACGGAGUCCUCCAUGAGGAUGCGGAAUCGCACCGUAUAUACGUCCCAUACAACCGUAAGGACCAAUAUGACUACUAUAUGUCAAUCAAAGAAAGCAGACAGGAUGUCUUCUUUGAUGUACAAUACUUGCCGGAAGUCAUAGAUUCGGUUUACAUAAGAUCCAUCAACAAAAAGCCUGGUUUACUUGCUUUGGCUUCUUCUCCAGACCCUAAGGACCCCAAGAAAAUGAUUAACCAGCCUUAUGUUGUCCCCGGCGGUAGAUUCAACGAGUUGUACGGCUGGGAUUCGUACAUGGAGACUAUUGGAUUAUUAACCGAUGUCACUCCCAAGGACCAAGAACAUCUCAGAUUAGCCCGGGGCAUGACGGAAAACUUCAUCUACGAGAUCCACCACUACGGCAAGAUUCUUAACGCCAACAGGUCCUACUAUUUGGGCAGAUCCCAGCCUCCCUUCUUGACGGAUAUGGCUCUUAGAGUAUUCGACAAGACUGUAGAAGUAGACCCGGGUAGGAAAGUAGAAGCGUUGGAUUUUCUCAAGAGAGCGACCGUAGCAGCCGUUAAAGAAUACAAGACCAUCUGGUGUGCCAAACCUCGUUUAGAUGAGAAGUCUGGUUUAUCAUGCUACCACCCUGAUGGUUUGGGAGUUCCACCAGAGACUGAAUCUUCUCACUUCAACGCUGUGUUGAAGCCGUACGCAGAAAAGUACAAGAUUUCACAGGACGAGUUCAUCGAGAAGUACAAUGCAGAGAUCAUCAAGGAACCUGAAUUGGACGAGUAUUUCCUUCAUGACAGAGCUGUGAGAGAAUCUGGUCACGACACCACGUAUAGAUUGGAGGGUAGAUGUGCUUAUUUAGCUACUGUAGACUUGAAUGCUUUGUUGUACAAGUACGAGAAUGAUAUCGCAUUUAUCAUCCAGAACCACUUUGGGGGGAAGUUGGAAUGCAACGGAGAAAUCGAGGAGCCGGAAGUUUGGGUAGCCAGGGCAAUCAAGAGAGUGGAACGAGUCAACAAGUAUUUAUGGAACGAAGAAGAUUCCAUGUACUACGACUAUGACAUCAAGAAAGAAACGCAGUGCAAGUACGAAUCUGCCACUGCCUUCUGGCCAUUAUGGUCCAAGUUGGCUAUUCAGGAACAAGCGGACAAACUUGUCAAAAAUUCAUUGGACAAGUUCGAAGAAUUUGGUGGUUUGGUCGCUGGUACGCUUAAAUCUCGUGGAGACGUCAAUCUCUCGAGACCUUCUCGUCAAUGGGACUAUCCUUAUGGUUGGGCCCCUCAACAAAUCUUGGCCUGGAUUGGGUUGUGCAACUAUGGGUAUGAUGGUAUCGCUCGCCGUUUGGCGUACCGCUGGCUCUACAUGAUGACCAGAGCUUUUGUAGACUACAACGGGGUUGUUGUCGAGAAGUACAACGUCACCGAGGGAGCUGUUCCACACAAGGUUGAUGCCGAGUAUGGUAACCAAGGUUUGGACUUUAAGGGUGUAGCAACUGAAGGAUUUGGCUGGGUCAAUGCCAGCUACUUGUUUGGGCUCACGUUGAUGAACUUGCAUGCAAAGAGAUGUUUGGGGACGUUGACGCCGCCAAACGUGUUCUUGAUGAAUAUGCAUCCCGUGCAAAGAGAGUACUUUCUGUAAUUUCUCUGGUUGGUAUAAUGAGAUAUAACAUAUAAGAAAUAUAUAAGAAUUUAGCAAAUGUAAUGCUAUAUAAUGAU